AUGGAUGCCGAAGCCAAACACUUGCUAUCUCUUGGCGCGAUAAGAGGGAGAUCAAAGAAGGUCUGGGAAGCAGCUGAGGCUGGAAAGCUUACUCAUUUCGAUUACCAUGAGGAACGAAUGGAAGAGGUUGCAGAGUUCGUAACCUCUGUUAUUGAGCGAGACUUUGGACCAGAUAGAUACCACGCUAUCCCACCACAUGGCCGCUGGCAGCAUUUCGAGGUCGGAGGUGUACCCCGCGUUACAAAGCUCGUUGAGCAAUGGAAGGGAGAAGGAUGCGACGAAAAGGAAAUCUGCCGUCGAUUAAUCGAUCUUUUCUUCGUUUCCGUUCUCUUGGAUGCCGGCGCUGGAGACGUUUGGCGAUACAUUGAACCUGGUACUGGAAACAAGUAUGAACGAAGCGAGGGUAUCGCGGUUGCCAGUUUGUACAUGUUCAAUGAACUUGGGUUUACGGAGGGAAAGAUCCCGAGAGUUGACGGACAUGGGCUGGAGAACCUGAAGGUCGAGACUCUUGCUAAGGGAUGCCAAGUUUCUGAGACAAAUCAAAUGCUUGGUGUCGAUUCUCGAACCGGUCUUCUAAAUAGCUUGGGGAAAUCACUUCUUCAGUUCCCAGAUGUCUUCGGAGCCGAAGGCAGACCUGGGAAUCUCGUUGACUACCUCCUCGCCGGCGAACCUAAGGAACUCGAUGUUCUCAAACUCUGGGACGUCCUUCAAGCCACUCUUAUCCCUAGUUGGCCCAAAGACCGCACAAAUGUCAAUGGCCAUGCCAUUGGUGAUGCCUGGCCAUUGAGCACCCUAGGAAACGCGGGUACCACAGCUGCAAUCCAACCAUUCCACAAACUCACACAAUGGCUCACAUACUCUCUAAUGGUUCCAUUCACCCGAAUCCUCAACAAAACUUGGGUUAACGCUGAAUCACUCACCGGUCUUCCCGAAUACCGCAACGGCGGUCUCUUCGUCGACUAUGGUGUUCUCACGCUUAAAAAGGAAUCACUCGAGAGAGGUCUCAAGGCUUCUAAUGAUAACCUACCAGUCUUUGAGGGAAGCGACGAUGUUAUUGUCGAAUGGAGGGCUUUGACGUUGGGAUUAUUGGACGCUUUGUACGCCAUGGUCGCUCCUAGGAUUGAUACCACGCCUCCAUUGAAUAUGGCACAGGUUUUGGAGGCUGGAACUUGGAAGUCUGGGAGAGAGAUUGCGGCUAAGAAGAGACCCGAGACGAAGUCCAGUCCUAUUGUGCUUCGAAGCGAUGGCACUUUAUUUUAA